AUGUUUCGUCCACGUUGCCGAGUGCCUGAACCAGGUUUUGUCGAGGAGGUGCUCUGCAACAUAGGCCGUGUGCCAUUAAUGUCGGGCGAUAUGCCUUCUGGAGUUCUCCAAAUACCUUUGAGCUCAGCUAUGGGAGGAAGUAACGCACGUGAAACAGUCAGUGACAAAUGUCGCACAUUACUUGGAGCAGAGGAUGCGUCAAACAGACAGGUUAAGAAAAACAACGGUACAAACCGUAAACUGGCUCCUCGGGAGGUUAGAGAAACGAUACUACCCGGUAAGCCACCUGUUGUGCCACCGGAAGACAUAAGCUGCGAUAGUGGAAGAAAAGAGACUGGUGGAGCCGUGGUUCCAGUGUUUUCUGUCACGGGACUCUGUAAGGCUGCUGAUUUCCGACUUGAUCAGUCAGUGCUGGAUUUUGGCCCGAUAGCUAAGGGCAGUCAACUGUUCCGCCGACUCGGUUUGUCUAACUGCGGAGACCUGCCGGCCAAGUAA